UGCCCAUUGUUUCCCUGCAGCGAGCUCUUUCGGGGGCGCGUGGUUCAUAAAUUAGCCCCGGGAUCGUGGCGCGUGGCCUGUCGCCCGUCGCAAGGCGCAGGAGAGGGGGACGGGUCUCUGCCCCCAGGAGCUUACAGUCUGGCUUGAGACACAAAGGCGGAAGGGGAAGGAAGGGACGGGGGGAUUGAGCGUUUUGUCCCUUUAUGACUCUUCGGCUGUUGGGUGGUAUAGAAAAAGAGAUGAGUGAAAAUACAGCCAUGCAUACAAUGUCGGUUAUGCAGACUUAGAGGGCGGUUCCGGGCACGUCUGCUCGGAAGUAAGCCCCGCUCAGGCCGGUGGGGUGUAUUGCCAGGGAGAAAAAAUGCCUCUGGCUGUAUGGGAAGAGCAAACUGUUUCUUCAUGACCUGAAUUUCUCAAGAAAGAGCACCUGCAGGAUUAUUAUUAUUUUUUUUAAGAAGAAUUAACUGAGGAAGACAGGAUUCCUGCAGAAUGGCCCACUUCAUAGUAAUGUAAUUCCAGGGCCUGAAGACAGCUAGUCAGCCAUUUUUUCUUCCUUAGCAGCGGAAGGCCCAAAUUGUCCAUCGUCGGAGACAAAAUGGCUGCCGAGCAGGGAGAGCCCUCGGCCCUGGACCUUCAGUUUCGUGCCGGGCUCGAGCAUGGGAUGAAGACAGCGCUGAAGGUGGAAGAUGCAGGGCCUGCAGACCUGAAGCGGGAGACAGACCUGGAAGGCCUGAGAGAAGGACCGAAAGAUGCCCGGAUGGGGGCGGAUGGGCCAAGUCUGGCCUGGAGGGGCCUGCCACACAUUAAGCAGGAGCCGGAGGACGGGCCGUCGUCGCAGCGCUGGGAGGCCCAGUGGCAGGAGUUCCUGGGGGGCGUGCAGGCCCCUCGCUCGGGGUGGGGGGCCCGGCCAGUGCCGGACGCUGCAUCGUGGGGAGAAAUGAAGUCCCCCAUGGCCCAUUUUGAGGGGGUGGCGGCGGCAGCCGGCCAGCAACCCCCGGAAGGGCAGUUUCUUCAGCCGCUGCCCACGGGCUUUGAGGGGAUGGCGCAAGCAGCUGACCGAGAGCAGAGGAAAGUGAAGGAGGAGAUGGACCAUGAUGCUGGGAUGGGGGCAGAGCCGCCCUGCCGCCGCUUCCGGCAGUUUCUCUACCAGGAGGCCGAGGGGCCCCGUGAGGUUUGCAGCCACCUGUGGGAGCUUUGCCGGCAGUGGCUGAAGCCAGAGCGGCACACCAAGGAGCAGAUGCUGGAGCUGGUGAUCCUGGAGCAGUUCCUGGCUGUCCUGCCCUCGGAGAUGGAGAACUGGGUGAGGGGGUGCCACCCCCACACCUGCGCCCAGGCAGUGGCCCUGGCAGAGGAUUUCCUGCUGAGGCACCAAGAGGACGGGAGGCAGGAACAGAAAGGUCCAGGGAUGUUCCAUGUGGUGACCGUGAAUUUCCCUGACACCGAACGGGCCUCAUCGGGGAAUGCACAAGGGCCACUUGGCAGGCCGGUCAAGGAAGAAGUCAAUGAGGAUGGCCACUCUAUGGCAGAUGGUGGGCCAGUGAGGUCAAGUGAUGAAGCCCUUGUGUGGAGAGAUCCUCCAGGAACAGAAUCGCAUGGGUCGUCGUCGCUGGAACAAGCAGAAACUGUUGGCGGGUUCAGUGAGGCAAGAGAGAGCUAUGUGAGUUGUGACAAACCAAAGGGAACACAGAAAAAUGGUCCAGAAGGGACAGAAGGAAACCCUCCAGGAGGGAAGCCAUCUCUGUGCUCCAAUUGUGGGGGAAGCUUCAAUCCCAGCUCGGGUCUCCUCGGGCCAGAAGGAUUCCCUCUGGGAAUGAACCCGUACAAAUGCUCCGUGUGCGACAAGAGCUUUGGCCAGGUUGCCAAGCUCAUUGCACACGAGCGGCUCCACACAGGAGACUGGCCGUACAAAUGCUCUUUCUGCGGGAAGAGCUUCAACCGGAGCUCGGAUGUCUCCCGUCACGAAAGGAUCCACACAGGCGAGAAGCCCUUCAAAUGUACCACCUGUGAGAAAUGCUUCAGCCAGAGGUCUAAGCUGAUCGUCCACGAGAGGUUCCACACGGGGGACAAGCCCCACACUUGCUCUUACUGUGGGAGGAGCUUCCAUCAGAGGUCCGACCUGGUGAAACACGAGCGUAUCCACACAGGGGAGAAGCCAUACAAGUGCUCUGAUUGCGGCGGCAGCUUCCACCGGAGCUCGGAUCUCGUCAAACACAAGUGGAUCCACACAGGGGAAAGGCCCUACAAGUGUUCCACUUGUGAGAAGAGCUUCCGGCAGCGCUCGGCUCUCCUGUACCAUGAAAGGACCCACACGGGGGAGAAACCCUAUACCUGUACUGCCUGUGGAAAAGGCUUUAGCUGCAAGGCACAUCUUGUGCUCCACAAGAGAACCCACACUGGGGAGAAGCCGUACAAGUGCAACUUCUGUGGGAAAAGCUUCACCACCAGCUCAUACUUUGUGAAACACCAGCGGAUGCACUUGGGGCAAGAAACGCUGCCGGUUCUCUGUUCUGGGCUGGAGCAAAGGAGGGGUGCGAAGCCAAAGAUGAAGAUGGAGGAGCAGGGGUUGGCAGCCUCCGGCCCGGAGGCGGUGUCAGCGAUAGCAGGAGCACCCCCUCCUGGCCUUCACGUGGGGUCCGCCCGGCAGAGCCCGCGGGCGACAGAACCGCAGCGUGUUAAGCAGGAGCCCAAGGACAGCCUGUCGCUGCAGUGCUGGGAGGCACAGUGGCAAGACUUCCUCAAGGCGGUGCAGUGCCCUGAGAAGGAAUGGGGAAGCCCGCGGCUUCCAGAGCCCGAGGCCUCCACCGUUCGCCCCUCCAGAGCCGCUGGCUCGGAGAGACAGCGCCAGAACUUCCGGGAGUUCCGCUACCAGGAAGCCUCCAGCCCGCAGGAGGUCUGCCGCCGUCUCCGGGAGCUUUGCCACUGCUGGCUGAAGCCGGAGAGGCACGCCAAGGAGCAGAUCCUGGAGCUGGUGAUCCUGGAGCAGUUCCUGGCUGUCCUGCCCUUGGAGAUGGAGAGCUGGGUGAGGGCACACAGCCCAGAGACCUGCGCCCAGGCAGUGGCCCUGGCUGAGAAUUUCCUGCAGGAACAGCGAGGAGCCAGGAGGCCAGGAGAGCAGGGAUCGCGGGGGCCGUGCUGGAAGGAGGAUGCUGCAGAAGGUGGGGCUGUGCCGAACCUGCUUGCCCAGGGGGAGGUCAAGCAAGAGGGUGGCAGGACCACCAGCUUGUCCGGAGCUGGUGAACAGCAGGGUGAGAAAGGUAAGGAACCACAUGGGGUCUCAAAGGAAGGAACAGAGCACCAGAUUCUUGAGGAAAAUGAUAAUGUGGACAGACCAAAACAGCAGGAGGGAAGUGAGAUGGAGGAAUGGAAGAAUACGUUGAUUGCUUACCGAGGUGAUCAUUUCCAUGCAGUCAUCGCGCAGCAAAGAAUCCCCAGUCGGAAAAGGAGUAAUAAAUGUACAGUGUGCAGGAAAGUUUUCAGAGAUGAAUCAUACCUUAAUAAGCAUCAGAGAACCCACACAGGGGAGAAACCUUACAAAUGCCCAGACUGUGGAAAGAGCUUCCGUUGGAGCUGUGACAUGCAUAGACACCAGAGAACACACACUGGAGAAAAACCAUAUAAAUGCUUGGACUGUGGAAAAAGUUUUCAUCGGAGUUUCAACCUUCAUAGGCACUGCAGAACCCACACUGGGGAGAAACUGUAUGGAUGCUCAGACUGUGGGAAGAGUUUCCGUUGUAGCUCAAGCCUGAUAUGUCAUAAGCGAACCCACACAGGAGAGAAACCCUAUGAAUGUUUGGACUGUGGGAAGAGAUUUCGGCUGAGCUCAAAUCUUAUUAGUCACAAGAGAACCCACACUGGAGAGAAACCCUAUGAAUGCCCAGAUUGUGAGAAAUGCUUUCGUCGAAGCUCGCACCUUAAUACCCACAAGAGAAUCCACACAGGACAGAAACCAUAUAAAUGCUCAAAUUGUCCCAAAACCUUUUCUGAUCAAUCCAACCUUCUUAGUCACCUGAGAAUACACACUGGACAGAAGCCAUAUACAUGUUCAGACUGUACCAAAACCUUCUCCAAUAAAUCCAACCUCCUUAGCCAUCAGAGAAUCCACUCAGGAGAGAAACCCUAUGAAUGCCUAGACUGUGGGAAAAGCUUCAGUGUGUGCCAGUAUCUAACUAGACAUCAGAGAAGACACACAACAGAAAAACUGUAUGAGUGCUCAGACUGUGGGAAAAGGUUCAGUCAGAGCCAGUACCUUAUUCGACAUCAAAAACAUUCUCACAGGAGAAAAACUACGUGAACCAGACCUUUUACUAGAGCUUGCACUUAAGUGCUGUAGAAAGGCAGGUGCAAAAUGAAAACCAGGGGUGCAGAGCCUCAGGCUUGGGAGCGAGAUCUGCCUUCUCAGGGUCCCCAGAAGGUCACAGCUCU